CACAUGACCAGGCUGCUGCCGCCGCUGCUGCUGCUGCAGCUGGUGUUGUCGAGCUGUCACUGACAAAACAAACUAUCAACAACACACCUAUUGUGUCAUACACCUACGUCCCACAGUGUCUCUGCAGCAAUAGUUUGGUAUGAACGAGCGAAUGUGGUUGAAACACACAGUCCCGAGUAGAGCACGUGUUUACAUCUCUGUUGCAUUUCAAGGAAAGUUAUCAAUAUAUAUAAAUAUUAAAUCCCGUCAAGAGUUGAAGUUAAUUCAUGGAUUUUGUUAAAUCAAACUUAUCUCGCUCUUCAGUGUCCCGGGAUAUUCUUCUGGCGUGAUGGAGCUGAUGCGGGGUGGAUCGCACACCCAGUGACAUGGGGACCGACGCAGGAUCCCACCUUGCACCUCCUCUCGAACAACACAGCUCCUGACCGCUGUCAUGGCCUCCGGCUACCCUCCGCCCUUCGAGGGCACAGGCGAAGUGAAGGAGGGCUUCCUUUGCCCACUGUGCCUGAAAGACCUGCAGUCGUUCUACCAGCUCCAGGACCACUACGAAGAGGAGCACUCUGGGGAUGACCGUCAUGUGAGGGGGCAACUUAAAAGUUUGGUUCAGAAGGCAAAGAAAGCUAAAGACAAGUUCCUAAAGAGGGAUGGAGAUGACCGACCGGAUACUGGCAGCUAUGAGUCCUUCUACUAUGGUGGAGUUGACCCGUAUAUGUGGGAGCCUCAGGAACUGGGGGCAACUCGAAGUCACCUGGACGUAUUCAAAAAACACAGGGCAGCCAGGAUAGACCAUUAUGUGAUUGAGGUCAACAAGCUCAUCAUCAGACUGGAGAAGUUGACGUCGUUCGACAGGAUUAACUCCGAUGCUGCCAAAAUCAGAGCUAUUGAGAAGUCUGUAGUUUCAUGGGUGAGUGACUCGGACGUCCCGUUCUGUCCCGACUGUGGAAACAAGUUCAACAUGCGAAACAGACGCCACCACUGUCGUCUCUGUGGGUCUAUCAUGUGUCGGAGGUGCAUGGACUUUGUCCCCAUACCUUUGGCCCAGAAGCUGAUAAGCGGGACACGAGAAGCCCUGUGUGCACACGGAAGCCCCGGUCACUCCCAGUCUCCCCCGGCAGCAGGCGGCAGCAGUGGCAUGGGCUCCAGGAGAGGCAGCAUCAGCAGCCUGAGCAGCGUCACCUCCAUGCUGGAGGAAAAGGACGACGAGAAGAUCCGCUGCUGCCACCACUGUAUGGACACACUGUUAAAGAGACAGCAGAAGUUGGAAGAGAAGGACCACAUGCCUGACAUCGUGAAACUUUAUGAGAGGCUCAGGAUGUGCAUGGACAAAGUGGAUGAAAAGGCUCCCGAAUAUAUCCGAAUGGCCGAGUCUCUCAAUGCCGGAGAAACCACGUACAACCUCGACACUGCUGGUGGACUCAGACUUGAAGUACAGAAAUACUAUGAACUGAUUGACGCAUUAAGUAAGAGGAUUUUAACACUGGGAGUUAAAGAUGAUCCACCACCGCAUCCAAAGUCGCUCCAACUGCAGAGGAUGGUUCGAUAUACAGCCACACUAUUUGUUCAGGAGAAGCUGUUAGGUCUCAUGUCUUUACCCACUAAGGAGAAAUAUGAAGAGCUAAAAGAAAAGAGGAAACAAGAACAAGAGAAGAGACUCCAACAAGAGAGACUGUCAGCCCAGGAGGCCCUGAAGAAGAGGCAGGAGCCUGAGAGAAACCGUCCACCUGUCAGUGCUAACGGAGAGCUGCCGCAAGCCCCUAGAGCGCCACGCAUGACCAAAGCUGGUGGCUGGUUGCCCUCGGCGGACUCGGGUCAAACACGCAGCGAGCUGGAGGACCCCCUCCUGCAGCAGAUUGAGAACAUUCAGUCGUUCCUCCGCCAAGCGCGGGAGGCCAAGAGAACAGACGAGGUCACCAUGCUGGAGGAGAACCUGCGUCAGCUGCAGGACGAAUACGACCAGCAGCAGACCAGCCUGGCCAUCGCUCUCUCCCAGAGGCUGGCUGAAGAGAGGAGCUUGCAGCUGGGGGAGUUCCAUCGCCUGGAGGCCUGGGAGAGGGAGGACAGGGAGCCACAGGGCCCCGCCGUGGGCUCCACUGAGUCUUCCUUCACCAGGGAGAGGUUUCAAGAUGUCAGCCCAGCAGGCGGCUUCCAGGGAGAGCAAGACACUGAAGCAGACGAUCUGACUCCUACAGCCGAGAGGAGCCCGUCAUCUGUCAGAGCAUUCCCUGCUCUCACGAGCCAGGAGGAGUCGCCUCCCAGGUUGAGGAGCUUAGGGGGGCACAUAACCCCGCCUGGUGGCGAAGGACCGAACAGCACUCCCCUCAACCCUUUUGAUGAGGAGGACUCCACUCCCGUUGAGGAGGAUCCAACCAAUCCUUUCUCGGAGGACAUCAAGAGGGAACACAAAGACGUGACCAAUGGUAAGAAAGAAUACAACCCCUUUGAGGAGGACGUUGAGGAGAACAGUCCGGCUGAGCCCGUACCCAGGAACCCCUUUGAGGACGACGACGACACCGACCCAAGUAACCCUUUCACAGAGGCCUCUGGGAAUUCUCCAGGAGUGUCGACCAACCCCUUUGACGGGGAAGACGACGACGAAGCUCUGCCCGAUUUGGACAUGAUAGAGGAGGAACUGCUGCUGCAGCAGAUCGACAACAUCAGGGCCUACAUUUUUGACGCCAAGCUCAGCGGCCGCCUCGACGAGGUGCAGCUCUUGUCAGAGAACCUGAGAGAGCUGCAGCACACCCUACAAGAGCAAAAGAAGAAGAAGCACUGACACCUUUUCUUAUGACCACCCGCUACUUACCAAGUCCUGCAAGGCUAACUCACUUUAGACGACUAAUGAGCCCACUGGUUUUAGUUUGGCUGAUGUCUACUGCACCACAGAAAGCUGUGCUUUGUCCAUGAAUGAAAAGUAGAGGAGACCAGUCAUCUGGAAUGACUCCAUUCAUUUCCAAACAUCUUUUAAAACCACUUAUCCCACACAGGGUCACAGAAGGCUGGAGGCGAUCCCAGCAUGCACAGUUUUUUUAAGCACCACAAGUAAAAAUCCCUUUGUACAGGCAGCGUUGCAAAUAUGAACAAUGGAAGAUGGAAGAAUGCCACUUGAAAGAUCUUUUUUAAAUGGGACAUUCAGAUGGUCUGUCUCUGAGUUGUGUCUGAAUGUGUUCUUGUGGAAGUCAGAAUGUGCGUCGUGAUUCUCUGCCAGAAGCUAUGAAUGAAGACAUAACAUGUUACCAUGGCUACAGUUGAGCAAACCAGCCACGGAAUUGAUUGAUGCACAAAACCCAUGUUGAAAUAGUUUUGUUUUUUCUUCGUGGUGAUUAAAAAUAAAUUAUGGACAGUAUUAAAAAAUUGAUGCACCAGAACCAGAGAUUUAAAAAAAAAAAUCUUCCUUGACAAAAUUUCUUGCUUACAUUAACCUGGAGAUUUGGCUGUGUUAUACUAGUAGUGGCUAAUGUAGCCUUAAGCAGGAUCGGGCUACAGAGGCCUGGAAAGUUCACUUCUCAAAACCCCAGAUUUAAUUUAAAAAGAAUUGUCAUCUUCAUCACUCGAGAAGAUUAAUCUGAUUUUUCUCUGGAGUCACAAAAUGGCUUCAAACAAGAUCUUUUCACAUAUGCAGAACUAAUCCCCCCAAACCCCUCAAACUUUGACGCGUUAAGUCCACAGGAGUCCUUUUGUUAUUAAUGUCUUUGUGUCACUACAACAACAAUUUGACUAUAUUUGUGGUUAUUCAUAUUCCUGCUGUUCAUUUAAUUAAUGCCAAAGAACAAGAUCAUGCACGACUGUUCUAACUGGGUCAGGAACUGUUUUAAUUUAAUAACAUGUAAAUUUAACUUUUGUGAGUCUUUUUGGGGGCAACCGAGUAUUUGAAGGAACCUGAUCAUUAAAUUGUUAGAUGUAAUCACCCACUGCUAAUAAUUGGAGGUAAAUUUGCAGUAAAAUAUCAAAGACUGAAAAAAUAUUGUGUAAAAAAACAUGUUCCGCAUGGUUGAAAUGAUCUAGCAGAUUUGAAUAAUAGUUUUUGUGCAUCUGGAUUGACAUGGUUAAAUCUGAGACCUUUUUUUAAAACAAUUUAAAAAAUAUGCAUCUUAAUUGCCACAGCAAGCCGAGUGAACCAACGGUUGCCCGUGUCCUGCUGUGCGACGCUUGCCAGGUGCGGUCUUGAUGUUUACAGUGGCACCACUGGUCCAGUGGUCUUGCGCCAUUCAUGUGUUCUGAGUCUUUCAAGUGUUUGUAAUGCUGGUCUUUCUACGGAGCUCGUGGCCAAAAGCCUGUCUUCCUGCUUCUGUUUAUUAUUUUUUUUAUACAUUUGGACAAAUUGACAAAAAUCUUUCAAAGCAUCGCUCUUGUUCCGCGCUGUUGGCCAAGAUUGGUAUGUUAAAGCAUGUGAUCGGUUCGGUUUGUUUCAUCUCAGAAGUCCAGUCAAAGACGUCCAUCCAGCUGGCUUGUCCCAGCAUUUGCCAUGUAUAUAUUAAACUCUACUCUCCAGAUGCAGCGUAGGCAACUUUUUAGUCAACAACUAAGGCACCAGAAUUCACAAGAAAUCCCAGUGUUCAGAAAAAUCCAACGCCUAAAUUGUUAGGUCAAAGCAACACUUUAGACCCAUUUACACUACAUGAAUGCCAGCAAGUAUUAUCACUCAGUGCUGCUAUGGUCUGUCCUUCAAUAAACCUAACUGUCCACAUUUCUCUCAAUAGAAACGUGUUUUGUGUUGCCUGUUAAUCUCACACUACUUAUCUGUGUUGUCCACAGAAGACGCUAAGCAAACGGUGAUGCUAGAUGUUUUGUGACAAGUGUGAAUAAGUUGACGAGCAGCUUCUUAAUGUAUGUUGGCCGUUGAUUUUAGCUUUGGAAGUAGCUAAAAUUUGACUAACACCUCUGUAUUUAAAACAAUUGCAACAGCAAAAUUCUGGACACGCGGACAUCGCUGUAUUAACUUUCCAUCACAGCACCAAUAAAAAAAAGUUGUCUACUCUAAAA